UCUCCCCCCCCCCCUCCCCAAUAUCACUCUAAUUAGUCGGAGGCAUGUGGAAUCUCACCAGGAUUAGGAAUUGCUUCCCAAUAGUGUGCCUGCUGUUGACGUUAUGGACGGAGGUGUCCCAGUCAACCGGCUAUUUCGAGCUGCAGCUGAUCUCAGUGGAGAACGUAAACGGCGAGCUGGCGAGCGGCGAGUGCUGUGACGGUCCCCGGAGCUCCCAGGACCUGCGCUGCACUCGAGACGAGUGCGACACUUACUUCAAAGUGUGCCUGAAGGAAUAUCAGAUGGAGGUCACCACCAGCGGCUCCUGCACGUUCGGAGCUGGAUCUACACAAGUUCUCGGUGGAAAUAUGUUUUCUUUUAAGGGCGCCAACAAUAACCCCAAUAAAAUCACCGACGCUGGCAAGAUUGUGAUCCCCUUCCAGUUUGCUUGGCCGCGGAGCUACACGUUGAUUGUAGAGGCCUGGGACUGGGACAACAUUACACGCAACACUGAGGAGGAGCUGCUGAUUGAGCGCAGCAUCCACACUGGUAUGAUCAACCCCGGUGACCCCUGGCAGACUGUCCUUCACGAUGGGCCGGUGGCUCGCAUCAUUUAUCGCAUCCGGGUGAGGUGUGACGAAAACUACUACAGCAGCACAUGCACCAUACAGUGCUCUCCUCGUGACGACUACUUUGGCCACUACCACUGUCGACCUUCGGGGACCCGCGUGUGCCUGGAUGGCUGGAUGGGCAAGGACUGCACAACAGCGAUCUGCAAGCAAGGUUGCAACCUGUUACAUGGCAGCUGCUCUGUCCCAGGCGAAUGCAAGUGCAGAUAUGGCUGGAGGGGCCAGUUUUGUGACGAAUGUGAGCUUCAUCCUGGAUGUGUCCACGGGACUUGUGACCUUCCCUGGCAGUGCAACUGUAAAAAGAACUGGGGUGGACUGAUGUGUGAUAAAGAUCUGAAUUACUGCGGUCGCCACCAGCCUUGUGUCAACGGAGGAACUUGUAUGAACACCCAGCCAGAUGAGUACCACUGCACCUGUCCACAGGGCUACUCUGGGAAGAACUGUGAGAUAGCUGAGCACGCCUGUGUUUCCGGUCCUUGUGCGAACGGUGGUACAUGCCACGAGGUUCCAACAGGGUUUGAGUGCCAGUGUCCUCCAGGCUGGGAGGGUCCAACCUGUGUCAACAAUUUGGAUGACUGUGCUUCCAGCCCAUGUUCUAACGGUGGAACCUGUAAUGACCUGGAGGAUGAUUUUGAGUGUGUGUGUCCCCCUCAGUGGGAGGGAAAAACCUGCCAGAUAGAUGCAAAUGAGUGUGCAGGACAGCCCUGUGUGAACGCUUACUCUUGCAAAAAUUUGAUUGGCGGAUAUCACUGCAGGUGUUUUCGGGGAUGGUCCGGACAAAACUGUGACAUCAAUGUCAAUGGCUGCCAUGGUCAGUGCAAGAAUGGAGCAACUUGCAAGGAGGGGCUGAGCGGUUACCACUGCCUGUGCCCUCCAGGGUUCGUGGGCACUCACUGUGAAAUCCAGAGGAAUAAAUGUGACAGCAGGCCGUGCCAGAACGGUGGCCGGUGCCACGUUGUGUUGGACAGCUUUGUGUGUGAAUGCCCACCGGAGUUCGCUGGACAGCUGUGUGAGAUUCCCAGCUGGUCCAUCGCCGAUACCUGUGAUCCAAACCCGUGUGAGAACGAGGCCAAGUGCCACAGCAUGGACCAGGACUUCUACUGUGCGUGUCCCGAAGGCUACGAAGGAAAGAGGUGUGAACAGCUCAAAGAGGACUGCCAGACCACUCCAUGUCAAGUUAUUGACAGCUGCACUAUUGCUGUAGCAACCAACGAUUCAGAUGGCAUACAGCGCAUUUCCUCCAAUGUCUGCGGUGCACGAGGACGCUGCAUCAGCCAGCCAGCUGGAAACUUCACCUGCGUCUGUGAUCCGGGUUUCAAUGGCAUCUACUGUCAUGAGAAUAUUAACGACUGCAUAGGCAACCCAUGUAGAAAUGGAGGAACCUGCAUUGACAGAGUGAACUCAUUUCAGUGCGUUUGUCCUGAUGGCUGGGAGGGCCAGCUCUGCGACCUCAAUGUCAACGAGUGCAGACGCAACCCGUGCAAGAACGGCGGCAGCUGCGUCGAUCUGGUGAACGACUUCUACUGCGAGUGUGCCGAUAACUGGAAGGGCAAAACCUGCCAUUCCCGUGAGAAUCAGUGUGAUGAAACCACCUGCAGUAACGGGGGCACCUGCUAUGACCACGGUGAUGCCUUUCGCUGUGCGUGCCUACCUGGGUGGGGAGGAAACACCUGCAGCACAGCUAAGAACAGCACAUGCGCCUCCAAUCCUUGUUCUAAUGGUGGGACUUGUGUGGGUGGAGGAGAUGUCUUCACAUGCAUUUGUAAAGAGGGCUGGGAGGGCCCCACCUGUGGACAGAACACAAAUGACUGCGAUCCUCAUCCCUGUUACAACGGUGGGAUCUGUGUGGACGGCGUCAACUGGUUUCGAUGUGAGUGUGCCCCCGGGUUUGCUGGACCAGACUGCAGAAUCAACAUAAACGAGUGCCAGUCUUCACCCUGUGCCUAUGGAGCCACCUGCGUGGAUGAGAUCAACGGUUUCCGAUGCAUCUGUCCGGUUGGGAGAAGGGGAGCCAGAUGCCAAGAGUUCAUCGGCAUUGGAAAGACUUGCCACUACGCUGGGCUGCAGUUUCCACAUGGCAGCCACUGGGAGGAGGAGUGCAACAACUGCCAUUGCAUCAAUGGCAAGGUGGACUGUACAAAGGUGCUGUGUGGUCGCCGUCCAUGCCGGUUCGAGUCAUCAGGCCACAACCAGAGACAGCAGUCCUGCCCAGCUGGACGGGAGUGUCUGGAGCAUAGCUACUUCACCUGCUUCUCCCCCCCUUGUCAUCAGUGGGGGGUUUGUUCAGUGGUUGGACCUCCACCUCCACAAGCAGCCACCAAGUGCCAGCCAAACAGCGGCCAUUUGGACAACAGCUGCGGCCGCAUAACACUUGUUUUCAACAGAGACAAAGUACCGCCGGGAACGACAGUGGAGAAUAUCUGUUUUGAGCUCAGAUAUCUUCCUGACAUCAGACACUUGGCAAGAGACCACGCCCUCCUCCUGCUCUGUGACCUCUCUCAUUCAAAUCGGGAUGCUGUAGAGGUGGCUAUAUCUUUCCAUCCAGAGGAUCUACUGGACCACAGUCUGAUCCAAGAGACAGCCAGUGCUAUUGUGGGCACCUUGUCUAAGUGGCACAACAGCACGAUAAUGCUGGCAGUCACUGAGGUCAAAGUGGAGACACAGGUCAUGCCUCCUUCAGUGGAUUACCUGGUGCCUCUAUUAUGCGUCGCCUUCUGUUUGCUCUGCCUCUUCUGCAUCAUUGUAUGUGUUUGGUGGACACGCAAACGGAGAAAAGAGCGUGAGAGGACCUCACGAUCAGUCGCUGACGACAGCGUCAACAACCAGUGGGAGCCCCUGCGGCUCGUUGUGGGACGUCAGCAGGAGCAGCAGCAGCUGAAAGAAAGCAACAAGGAGGCUGAGCAGGAGCGCAAAAAGCUUAUGGGCCCCUCCUGUCGGACGUGUGAUGAGGAGGAGGAGGAAGAGACGGAAGGCGAGCUUGAGGAGGAGUGCGGUGGAGCAGAGGCGGGAAAGCAGCUAGUUUAUAAGUACUCUAAGGCUGCAGUGCAGUCCAGUGGGGGAACGAUCUGCACCCUGCACAGCUCCAGUUCACCCCUCAAAGCCCCUCACCGGACCCCAGGCUACAGUUCCAAAGACAACCGCUGGAAAAAUGUUAGUGCGGUCCUGACUGGUCAGAAAGACCUCAGAGACCACUGUGUAUGAGAGAUAUAUAAACAAACGUGGAAGCAAGAGAAGCUGCAUGGCAGUGACUAUUUUUAGUUUGGACUAUUUUUGGAAAGCGAGAGGCUUAGUUUAUAUAAGCCAUUGUUUGCUUCAUUUUUAUGUUGUUGUC